AUGGGUGCGGGCCCUUUUGUUUUUUACGCUGUUGUUCCAAAGCACUGUACCACUCCACUUCCACUCUCGUUACCCUCUUCUUUCUUUGAAGUUUCUCUGUUUAUCUUACUCCAAUACCACACCAACCCUUCUUCUCUUCUGCUUCCACUCCACUAAAGUUUUGGUUUUUCUACCCUCUCCAUUCUUCUUCCUCCUCUGGGUUUUCACUUGCUGGAUUUUCUUACUCUCUUUCAUUGACUUGACUUGGGAAUGGAUAACCAAGAUCAAGGAAGAACUAACGCUGCAGGGCACGAGAGUCACGGAGUUCAUUUGUGUCACAAAUGUGGAUGGCCCUUCCCGAAUCCGCAUCCGAGUGCCAAACACAGGCGUGCUCACAAGAAGAUCUGUGGAACCGUGGAAGGUUACAAACUUUCUCUCUCUGAGGGACAACCCCGUUUGAAUGGCUCAGAUGAUGAACAUGUUUCUGAUGAUGAUCACAAAUCACCAGGUGUGGUUGUGUCAGGUCCAAACUUGGAGACAGGCAACAAUAAGAAGGGCAAUGAAGGAAAUGGAGAAAAAAUAAUUAGAUCCGAAGAUGAGGUGUUUUCAGACGCAGUUGCAGAUUUUUCGGAUAGUGGAUCAAAUGCAGAAGUUAAAGAACGUUUGCAAGAUAGUUUGGAAUCUGGUGCUGAUGUUGAAAGGGUUGACAUAAAAGAACUAAAUUUUUCAGUGUCUUCCGAGGAGAAAGAUUUCAAUGCUGCAGAUGUGAGUCAAUUAAUUGGCAAGUCAACUAAUGACUGCCAGAUUCAAAAUCCAAAUAUUUUGCAAAAUGAAAGCGUUGAAGUGGGAAAAGCAGUGGAGUUUCAAGGUCAACCGUCUGGCCCUACUGUAGAUCCAUCAUCAAGUUCCAUUGCUGACUUGAGAACUGAAGAAUCAACUAUUGCAGUUGCAGAUAGUGAUGUUUUUUUUGGUUUGUCAGGUGACUCACUUCCCAGUGAUGCUGAAGCCAUGCCUGAUAUAGUGCCAGAAAGGAAUAUCUGUGCUAGUGAAGAUGUGACAAAUUGCAAUUUGAUAUCUGUUGCAAAGGAGAAUAAUUUGAAAGAAAAGGAUGAGAGUAAUUCCACCAGAGUUGUGGUUGAAAUUGUGGAAUUUCCUGAUUCUGAUAAAGUUAGUGGUGAAACAGGUGAAGGAGUGUCUAAAAUAGCAGUUAGUGAUGUAAGUUCCUUGGAUCAUCAAGUGGGUAAUGGAUCUGUUCAUCUGAAGGAAAAGAAUGGUGCUGAGAUUAGUUCCAACAGAGGCCUGACUGAAAUUGUGGAAUCAUCUGAUAAAGUUGUAGGUGAAACAAGUGAAGAAGUGUCUAAAAUAACAGUUAGUGACGUAGUUUCCUUAGAUAAUCAAGUGGAUGAUGGAGCUUUUAAUCUGAAGGAAAAGAAUGAUGCUGAGUUCCUUUCUUUGUUGCCCCCCAAUAACCUUCCUCUCGAGUUAAACUCGGUUGUAAUCGUGAAUGAUGCUCAGGGAGAGUCUGCAUAUGUGGUACAGACUGCCACAUCCAUUGAUGACAAGAUUUUGCAGGAAAAGGGAGAAGGAAAUGUUAAUGUUGAUCCACUUCCUACUAGCAAUGAUAGACCUGAUGAAGCACAUCCUCAGAGUGACUAUGGAAACUUUAAAGAUCAUGAGGGAGUGGUUUACUCAAAUCCUUUCCUACACUCAUCUGAGUCAUUAGCAUAUAAGGGAGAUGACUUAAAGGACACUGUUACUGAGGAAAAUAAAUUUUAUUUUAACACAAGCCAAUUGAGUGAAGAAAGUGACAUCUCUCCAGAUAUCGAUGUUAUGGUUAGAAGCACGAAGGUGGAUCUGGUCAACAGUGAACCUAUGCCUGAAGGAGUGCAUGCCAAAGAAUGCACUGAAGUUUCUCCAGUUAAUUUCACAGUUGAAAGUCAUCAAAGAUUGGAUGAAAUUGAUGCCUCAAUGAAUUCUAUGAAAACUGGGAUGAAUGAGAAUCAUAUGGUUCAAUUUUCUGAAGAGCAUGGACCUGAUGAUUCUUGUGAAAAUUCCCAACAGGUAAGUUUCCCAGAAGGUAGUUUAAUGGCCUCAUCUAAGGAGAGUCAGAUAGAUGAAUCAUUUCGGUCUGCAACCAGUGAAACAAAUAGUGUAAUUAACAUAGAAAGCACAAAUAAUCACGAGGAAAGUACUGAAAUAAAUGAUGUAGCAUUAGAUGGCAAGGUUGUUGGAGCUGACAUAGAAAAUGAUAUUGAAAUUAUAUUGAAAGAUCUUCAACCUGGUGACAUCUUGCAAUCAGAAGUAAAACAAUCAGAUGACUUAUUUAAGAGUGAUGCUGCUGGUGAAAUGGGUGAAAAUGAACAAUGUGAUGUGCCUGAUGCUCAAUGUAAGGAAUGGCCAAUUAUAGGUGAUACUUCAUUGCCUAAAUCUGCUACCAGUCAUUUUGAUAUCCCAGUUAUUUCAGAAGCUUCAGACAUUGUAGUUGAUGGACCUGCGAACAAGUCAAAUGGCACAGAGUGCAGAAAAAUAGAUCCACUAUCAGGUGCCCAGAAAGACAUAAAAGAAGAUGAAAUCAAUAUUAAUAUCAAACAAAAUGAAGAAUACAACAAAUCAGUUGAUACUUCUGCUCAUUCACACCAAGCCCAGAGUGCUGAACUAUUAGUGAAGGCUGCAGAAGACCUUGCUAGGAUGUAUACAUUUCCUUUAACUACUGAGCCUUCUGCUCAACAUGAUUCUGCUGUUGAAGAUAAUUCUGGUGGAGUGCCUGGCAGGAAAGUGUCUGGAAUUACCGCUGUGCCUGUUCAAGAUCAAACUGGUAAUAACUCGGGUAAACUUGGUUCAUCUAGAGUUGAUGCUUCAGUUGACUCUGGUAGCCGAUGUGAGAGUUUGGAAGGCAACUGGGGCUCUGUUUCAGUUCUCUCAAUGCAAUCUGAUGCACCUGCUGUUAUUGAUUCUGAAACCUUACCAUCAACUGGUUUGCCAGCAUCCACAGAAGCAGGAAAAUCAAACUCAAACAAUCCAAAAGCUGCACUUGCCAGACAGCAGUCUGGAAAGUCAGAAAUGUUUGAACCGCCAUCUUUUAUGACAUUGGUCGAACCUAGGCAGGUUAGCCCAAAAUCUGCCUCUUUUGAAGGCCAGAAGGGGCAGAGCCCACAACAGCCAGAUCCCACUUCACAGGCUGGUUGGUUUCCCUCUCUAACUCAGGUUGUUAAUGAAUCUCAAGGGAGAAAGAAGAAUGAAGAAAUAAUAGCCAAGGUAACAAACUGGAGCACCCCUAAGGAGCACACACCUCUGAAGAGUCUCUUGGGUGAGGCUGCCCAUGGCAACACGCCAAAAUCUCCAAAAAUGGAAGAAAAUUUGGUGAGCCAGAAGAGUAGUAAAGUUGCAGAAAAGAAUGGUUCAGGUUUGACAACUGUUAACUCCAUUCUGGGUCCUGAAUCCCCUGCAGCUCAAGUGGUAAAAGGAGAGGCUGCAAAAGAAUGGAACUCUCCAGCAAGAUAUCCUGCAGACAUCAAGAGAGAAAAAAGGAAAGUCAAGAGCAGACCAUACUGGAUACAGUUGGUAUGCUGCACAUCAGUUGGUCCUCAGAGAAGGUAGAAAAUUGCUAGGUGCUGCUGAUAAUGCUCCCACUUUCACUCUGAUGGAUUCUGGUUAUUAUUGAGAUGCUAUUUGCAGUAUUUUCUGUAUUUAGUUUAUCUCUAGGUUUAUAUUUUUAUUUUGAUCAUGUGUCUUCUGUUCAUCUUGCUGGUCCCCUAGGAGUUUGGUUGUAUAUGUUGACCAAUGAUCAUCUUCAGUUAUUAUUUUACCCCUGCAAGCUUACGUUCUUACUGUACUUUUUAUGUAACGUGUUAUUAUUUUGGCCUGGACCCCUA